GCCAUGAAGAAGAAAGCACCAGAGUUGAGUUGGCGUCUAUAAAACAUAUUAGCAGAGAAUCCGACGAUGCAUGCCAGACUAGCUAGACGAGAUGGCCAGUGCAUCUGUGUGCAUUAAGGCUCUAGCACUGUUAGCCACCGUGCUGAUUUUGGCGACAUUAGCCGAUGAAUCCAGCAAUAACCGAGAAGCUCUGCUCUGCCUCAACUCCCGCCUCUCCAUCUGGAACAGCACCACCUCGCCGGAUUUCUGCACCUGGCGCGGCGUGACCUGCACCGAGACGACGCAACCUCCGGCGGCCGCCAAGGUGAUGGCCUUGGACAUGGAAGCACUCGGGCUCACCGGCGACAUCCCGCCCUGCAUCUCCAACCUGACCUCUCUGGUGAGAAUCCACCUGCCCAACAACCAGCUCUCUGGCCAUCUCCCGCCGGAGCUCGGCCAGCUCACCAGGCUCCGGUACCUCAACCUCAGCACCAACGUGCUCACAGGCGAGAUCCCCGUGUCGCUGUCGUCGUGCGCUGGUCUUGAGGUCCUGGUGCUCAGCAGAAACUCCAUCGGAGGUGCCAUCCCGCCAGAGCUUGGUGCGCUUCGCAACCUUUCCUAUCUUGACUUGGCCAUCAACAAGCUUUCCGGAACCUUGCCGCCCUCGGUGGGGAACCUCUCAUCCCUUACAGCGCUCCUGCUUUCGCAGAACCAGCUGCAAGGAAACAUUCCGGAUCUAUCCAAGAUAUCAGGCUUGCAAUUCCUUGACCUCUCGUAUAAUAGUCUAUCAGGGACAGUUCCCACAUCCAUUUACAAGUUGUCACUGCUGACUUUUCUUGGGUUGGCCAACAAUAAUCUUGGAGGAACACUGCCUUCUGAUAUGGGAAACAGCCUCUCUAACAUCAACAUACUAAUGAUGUCUAAUAAUCAUUUUGAGGGUAACAUCCCUGCAUCGCUAGCCAACGCCUCCAAGUUGGAGUUCAUGUAUCUCGGAAACAACUCGCUGAGUGGGGUGAUUCCUUCUUUUGGCGCCAUGAUGAAUUUGCAAGUCGUAAUGCUGCACUCAAAUCAGCUGGAAGCUGGAGACUGGACAUUCUUCUCAUCCUUGGCAAACUGUACACGGCUGAAGAAACUGAACUUGGGUGGAAAUAACUUAAGGGGGGACUUUCCAGUCAAUUCUGUAGCAGACCUGCCCAAAACUUUGGACGGUCUGACUCUUCAGUCUAACUACAUCUCUGGUACCAUUCCACUGGAGAUUGGUAACCUGUCCAAAAUAUCCCUGCUUUAUCUUGAUGACAAUCUUUUCACAGGGCCUAUACCUCCUACUCUUGGACAGCUGCACAAUUUGUUUAUCCUUAAGCUAUCAAAGAACAUGUUUUCCGGAGAAAUUCCGCCUUCAAUUGGUAACCUGAAUCAACUGUCAGAACUUUAUUUGCAAGAAAAUCAGUUAAGUGGAAGCGUACCAACAAGUUUAGCCGGCUGCCAGAAAUUGGUGGCUCUAAACCUAUCUAGUAAUACCCUCACUGGGAACAUCAGCGGUCUCAUGUUUAGCAAGCUGAAUCAACUGAGCUGGUUACUGGACCUAUCGCACAACCAAUUCACAUACUCCAUACCAGUAGAACUUGGUAGCUUGAUGAACCUUGGUUCCUUGAACCUUUCGCAUAACAAACUCGCCGGCAAAAUCCCAUCAACUCUUGGUGCUUGUGUUCGGUUGGAAUCACUUCGCUUAGAAGGAAACCUCCUGCAAGGAAGCAUUCCCCAAUCACUGGCGAACCUCAAGGGGGUCAAAGUGCUAGAUUUCUCAAGGAAUAAUUUAUCCGGUAAGAUACCAGAAUUCCUUCAGACAUUCACCUCGCUGCAAUACCUAAAUAUGUCCUUCAACAACUUUGAGGGGCCAGUCCCCACAGGUGGAGUCUUUACCGGCACAAACAAUGCUUCUGUCCAAGGAAAUCCACACCUUUGUUCAUCUGUUGGAGUCAAUGAUUUUCCUAGGUGCUCUACUUUGGUAUCUAAAAGAAAGCACAAGUUCAUUGUUCCAUUGUUGGCAGCUCUGUCAGGUCUUGUUGGAGUGGCUUUGAUCUUAAGGCUGUUCUUCUCUGUUUUCAAUGUUUUGAGGAAGAAGAAGCGGAAGUCCAGUGAAUCGAUUGACCACACAUACAUGGAGAUGAAAAGGCUAACAUAUAAUGAUGUAAGCAAGGCAACAAACAGCUUCUCUCCAGCCAAUAUAGUUGGCUCUGGGCAAUCUGGGACAGUGUAUAAAGGCCAGAUGGAUGGAGAAGACACCAUGGUAGCUGUUAAAGUGUUCAAGCUUGAUCAAUAUGGUGCAGUUGGUAGCUUUGUUGCUGAGUGCAAAGCAUUGCAGAACAUCCGUCACCGAAAUCUCGUGAAGGUGAUAACUGCAUGCUCCACUUAUGAUCCGAUGGGGAAUGAGUUCAAAGCUCUAGUGUUCGAAUACAUGGCUAACGGUAGCCUUGAAAACCGGCUUCAUGCUAAGUUCCACAAGCACAAUGCUGAUUUGGGUUUGGGGGUGAGGAUAUGCAUAGCAGUUGACAUUGCUUCUUCACUGGAAUACCUUCAUAACCAAUGCAUCCCACCAGUUGUACACUGCAAUUUGAAGCCAAGCAAUAUACUCUUUGAUGACGAAGAUACUGCAUAUGUCUGUGACUUUGGGCUAGCAAGGUUAAUUCGUGGUUAUUCAUCUGGGGUUCAGAGCAACUCAACAAGCACAGUUGGACCAAGGGGAUCUAUUGGGUACAUUGCUCCCGAGUAUGGCAUGGGAAGUCCAAUCUCAACUGAGGGUGAUGUAUACAGCUAUGGCAUUAUUAUUUUGGAAAUGCUAACAGGGCGACGACCUACUGAUGAGGCGUUCAGGGAUGGCCUUACACUCCGCAAGUAUGUAGGGGCAUCACUUUCAAAAGUUGAAGACAUUCUUCAUCCCAGCCUUAUAGCAGAAAUGAGACAUCCACAUGCUGAUCAUACCCCAAAAGCAGAAGAAUACAGAAUAACUACACGGAUGGGUGUCUGUGCCCUCCAACUCCUUAAACUUGGCCAGAUAUGCUCGGAAGAAUUACCGAAAGAUCGACCAAGCAUGCAUGAAAUUUAUAGUGAGGUAAUUGCAAUAAAAGAAGCAUUCUUCUCUAUGAAUAGCUACUGAAAAAGGUUGGAAAUAUAGAAUAUAGAUUUGUGCCUCACCUAUUUUGAUUUUCUCUAAAACUUUCUUAAUUUAGAAAGUUAGAUAGUUAUGUAAUAAUGGUACUAUCAUUAUGCAUUGAUGUUUGCUGGACUUAAAUAAAGGCAUAUUUAUAUAUUGUCAAAA